AUGGAGGUGCUAGAUCCUAUUAUUCCCAGGGCUAAGUGUAAGAAGCUUCUGAAGGAUAUCCGCAAGCUUCUAUUCAUCUCUGCUCUGUUGAGCAGAUUCACCGAGCAUCUUCUGACCAUGGUCUCUGGCAGCCAUGUUAAACCAACACGACUGCCAGAGCUGCCAUACCUAGUGUUCAAGCCUACCACCCACAGCCAGUUCCAUCUGACCCAGCUGAAUAUCAUCAACAAGUUCGGCCAGGCCAUGGCGGCUAUCAACCCCACACGGCGCGUUGAGGGACCACCAUUGCUGAGCCUGUAUAUUAGUGAGUACUACCAACCACAGGCCUGGAAAGGUAGCUAUUAUCCUAAUGUCAUCAAGAAGCCCAAAACCCCAAAUGAAUGUUAG